AUGGCUCGGAACUCAGUUUCUAGAGCUCAGCUAGUGACUAGCGUUUUCCAUAGCACCCAACUGGUGAGCAGCGAUCUUGUUAGCAAUCAGCCACCAGCCACCACCUAUGCCUCUGAUAUCGAGCCCGCAAUCAGCGAGUCACAAGGUGACAAUGCCGAGCCGGUCGACCAGCUAUCCCAUUUGAUGAGUAUGGUCAGACUCGACAUAGAGGCUCUCUUCCCUCCGGACCCAGUGUCUAGCGAAGAGAGGAUGAGAACAAUACCCUUAUGGGCGGGUUUAAGCCUGUCUAGGGUGGAACAUGAUGGCUGCGUUGCUUCUGCAUCGCCGGCCCUCUAG